AUGGUGUAUUUUGUGCACCUUCAGGCAUGCUCCGAAUAUUGCGGAGUGCCUGGGACAGACUGGGCGUUGCACAAGGUGGAGCCGGCUGAACAACGUCCGACCAGCCCGCCGCUCACAAUCGCCGCCGGUGCCCCGAACCCGAGGAGUGACAUCACGUCGCCCAGCAACGGCUUCCAAACAGAAGAUGGCGGCUGCGGCGGCGGAGGAGGUGAGGAACGGAGGAGAGGACUAACAGAAGUUCCUGACUUGUCAAGAUUUAAACAGUUGAAGUAUUUGUGGUUAAAUCACAACAAGAUUAAAAAGAUAAGUUCCUUGAAAAUGAAUUAUUGCCUCAAAGAACUGUACUUACAAAACAACCUGCUCACUGAUUUAACAGGUACUCUGAAACACUUGACAUCCUUGCAGAUAUUGAUGCUACACAACAAUUGGCUUACUAAGCUGGAGAAGGUCGUAGCAGAAUUAAAGAAAUUGAGGUGGUUGCACACAUUAAAUCAAGAUUAUCGCCUGUAUGUCAUCUACCACCUACCUUCAGUGCAGCUGCUUGAUAGACAAUACAUACUCCAGAGGGAACGGGAUGCUGCAUUGGGUUUCUGCAACCAGGACCAAAUGCGAAUCCGUCAAUCUGUGGCAUUUGGGCAGAGGAUACAGACUCAUUUACUUAAACAGACAGCACCAAAGAGAAGUAAUUAUAUAUAUCCAGUUGACUGAAAGUUUUUGUGCCAGGCUCUAACAAUCAAAGACCCCUACCCACCCGGGACAUUCUCUCUUCUCUCCUCUUCCAUCCGGUAGAAGAUACAGGAGCCUGAGGGCAUGUACCACCAGACUUAAGGACAGCUUCUACCCCACUGUGAUAAGACUAUUGAAUGGUUCCCUUAUACAAUGAGAUGGACUAUGACCUCAUGAUCUACCUUGUUGUGACCUUGCACCUUAUUGCACUGCAGUUUCUCUGUAGCUGUGACACUUUACUCUGUACUGUUAUUGUUUUUACCUGCACUACAUCAAUGGACUCUGUACUAACUCAAUGUAACUGCACUGUGUAAUGAAUUGACCUGUA